UAAUAUGAAUAUCAGAACUAUAAUAUUCAUCAAUGUUAUCGAAUCAAAUUCAUGAACUGAGUUUCUCUCAUGCAAAAUUCUAGAUUUUUUUUUAAACGAUAAUCAUUUGUCUUUGAAAACUUUUUCAUAAUAAUAACUGUAAAUUCAUUGAUCAGUUACUCUGAGUUGAAAUUGGGUAACUAUUACCAAUUCAAUUCUAAUUAAUGGCCUAAUUGUUGAUUAUUUUUCGUCCAUCAAAAUAUUAAAUGUUUCUUUUGAUGAAUAAUCUUAAAUAAAUUCGUGCUUAGAUAAUUAUGAUCGUUAAACUUAUUGAUUGAAUGAGCUUAAUUUAAGAAUAACCUAAAUUUUUGUAUCUCAAACGUUAAUUUGAAUUGAGUAUUGCAGUUUGUAUGGUUCUGAACUAAAUUACAAUUCAAAUGGACUACAAACCAAAAUUUUAAAAUUGAUAUAAAAUUUGCGUGAAAUUGAAUUUAGUUGAUUAAUUUCAAGUCUUCAGAUGGAUGAAUUCAAUCAACUGAUCUGCUCUCAUCUCGAUGAGAUUAAAUUUAAAAAGAAAUGAAAUUAAUGUGUAUUAAUCAGCGAUCGAGAAAACAUCGAACCUUAAUUGUUAUAAUAAGCAGAAUAGAAAUGGAAUUGAAAAAGGUAAAUCACAAAAAUGGACAAAACAGUUAUCCAAGUUUACGUCGUUAUCUGAAUAAACAAAUGCUCGAUAUCAACUAUCUAACUCGAGAAGAGCCAAAUGUCCAGUGGCCUAAAUGGUGGUUUUAUGUGGCAUUUUUCUUGUGCUUAUUGAAUGUCGCUAAAUUGGCCUACCAGUUAUUUCAAAGUAAAGUGACCAACAUAUCUUAUUACAUCGGUGAUCUUACCUUAGUCGCUGGUUCAUCACGAAAACCACUAACGUUACUUUACCUUAGUUGGUACGUUGGAACCUUGAAUUGUUGCUGGAUUUUAUUACGAUCUCAUUUUCAACCUAAACUAAAGAAAUGGAUCAAUUUCGGCGAACUUCUCGAACAUUUGGACUCAACUAUAAUUCAUCCUUACACUGGAAUUCAAACUCGAUACCAUAGAUUAUUUUUUCGAGCGAAUGAUCUUUACUUUUACUCUGGUGGUGUUGGCGCUUUUUUCUUAACGAUACCUUCGUUUUUCAUUUAUCCGAAGCAGUUUAUUCAUUACCUGGUUAUUUGGUUGACCAUUACAGUUUCACACUUCGUAUUGAUCUUUAGUUAUGCCGCCAAUUUUGGUGUUUUGUUUGCAUUUCAAGCUUAUUAUUAUGGGAAGCAAAUGAUUGACGAGAAAAACGGUCUUAUCGAUAAUUUAGGCGCGAAAAAAGUCUGUAUCAAUCGCGAAAUGAUCACAUUGAUUAUUAAUUCAUCGAUUAAAACAAGUUUAGUUCGACUAAUUGGAUUCAUUGAGGGCUAUCGAUUUUGGGCACUUCUCCUUGAAACGGUAUUUUUGGCCACUUUUAUCGCGCAAUCUAUUGUACUUUAUAUGGCCUUUUUCGUUGAUAUUCCAACAUUUUUGAGAAUCGCGUUGGUCAUCUUGGCAAUAACUAAUUGGAUCUGUGGUUUAUCACUUCCAUUUUUCUUUGGCUCAUUUUCCAACCAAUCGAUUCAAAAAUAUUGUAUGGAAUUGCUAAAAGUUCUUUAUAACAAUACAAGCAAUCAGGUGAAAAUCAAGAUAAUUAAUUAUCUUGAACAUGUCGAAGAGCGACAGUUUUUCGUCCUUUUUGGAGCUCUCAACUUUUCGAUGUUUCAUUUUCUGAUGGUGAGAAGAUUAAACCAACCAAAUAAGACUGAUAAUCUAAUGACCACUUAUCGCAUGAUCAUUUUACAGGUUCUUCUUGAAAUGUCAGCGAAUCUUUUGCUAUUGAUUGCUAAUCUGAGAAGAUCGUCCAACUAAAAUUCUCAUUAACUCAAUCAUGGAGCCGACGAAUGUUAAAUAAUUUUAUAAUUAGUCUAUUGAUCAUCGAAGAAAAUACUUUACAGAAUUGCUAUUGAAACUUUUGAUGUCUAUUCUCACAGUGUGUUUGAUGUUGUAAAGUUUACUGGUAUCUUUAUAUUCACCACCAUCGAAAUCAACUCUAAUCAUCAAUUCUUCAACUUAAUCGUUCAUCGGCUCACUAUCACUUAGUUGAACUCCGAGCAAUAAAUCAUAAAUUGUCAUAGUUAUUAUCCUUGAUCAUUGAAUAUUGUUUUCCAGUGAAAAUAAAUAGAA